UCUAUUUCUUCCGCUUUUUCCACUCAGCCCACAGCGCUCCAUGUCCUACAUCUUCCGCCCCGCUCUCGUCAUCUCCCGUGCUUCCCGCACAGCUUCAUUGCCAUGGGCAGGCGCAGCGGGCAUGGUUGCCAAUUUCGCAUCCUCCUCUCGAGUCCGACUUGACACAACUCCUUCAUCUUUUUCGCGUGUCAAUACCACUUCUGCUUCCACCACCACCUUUGUGGGAGAGGAAAUGCCCGAGCCUCUUCCGUCUCUUGAAGCUGAAGGGGAAGCAGAACGAUCUGUGUCCGCUCAUCAAAGCCCAUCUACAUCAAACCCUAAUCCUGAUCCUAUCCCCAACCACCAAAUCCCUCCACAGAAGGCAUCUCCCAUACCACAGCCCAGUCCUUUGGGAUCCCUUUCAUCACCGUCAUCAUCACUGCCUCGUCCAUCUCAUAUCCCCCAGUUCACAACUUCGCGCCAGGUUGCUCGUUCACCUUAUGCUGGUUUACGCUGGACACCAGAAACAAUCGACUUUUCAUAUCCCAUAUCAAACUCCGACCUUACUCCCACUCAUACUCUUCACAUCCGUUCCACUCGAAACAAUGUCCUUCUCACCCUCACGGAUGGUCUUGGUCCUUUGUUCGGUACCGUGACUGGUGGUACAGAUCGCACAUUCAAAAAUGCUCAGCGAUCAACUUAUGAAGCUGCUGCUCAAGCAGCUAUCAAGAUGUUUGAGCGGGUCGCUGAGUGGUCGAGGGAGACAAAAACAAGCAAAAAGCAUGAGCCUAAAUUGAGAAUCUCUUACAACGGAUUGUUUGGAUCGGCGAGAGAAGCUGUCACGACAACUUUGGCAGGUCCGCAAGGAUCAGACAUUCGGCGGUUAAUCGUCCGGGUCGAGGACCGAACGAAGGUGAAGAUUGGAGGCGUGAGGGCUAGGAAGCCAAGAAGGUUGUAAUCAAUAUACAGAAAUUACAUGCAUGAUUUUCAGUUGCAUAUUUUGGAAUCAUAUGGUUAAGUUCCUCCUGCUUUUCUCCUUAUCUUAUCCCCAUUCCCCUCCUUGUUGCGCCAGGCUCUUUCGAAGCCCCUCUGUGUCGCACUUCACGGUCAGAGGGGUCAAAAAGUAAGCCAAAAAAGAACGUAAUACAAGAUAUUCUAGCCUUGUUUAUUCCUCUAUGUCUGCUUAUGCCACAGACAAAGAGUUAUGCUUAAAGGAGACACGUCAAUCACCAUGUCUAUAAAAAAUAUUGUCGCAAACUCUCCUUCCGAGGGCCUAUAGAAAAUACAUCUGCAUAUGAACAAUAUUGUAUAA